AUGACUUACAAUUCGGCUCAGUCGAGCAUGGCUGAACUCAACACCAACUUCAGUACUGACUACGACUCUUUUCUCAUCGACUCACCAGACAUCAAGCCUGUUCCGAUGCUGACACCCCAAUCGUCCGUCCCUCCGUCGACUACGACCCCUACCUUUCCGGGUCCGAGCUUUCAAUACGACUUGUACCAUCAGCAGACUGGCAUUCCUCGAGGAGCCCUAGCGAGCACUUUCAACAUCAACAAGGCUUCUGGGCUACAAUACCAUGAGAACAAUGGAGGGUUUAUAAUGCCCACCGAGACAUUGAACAUGCCGUUAAGCGACCUUGACGACCUUGACUUCUCCCGCAAUCCGGGUGAUAUGGACUUCGAUGACUCGCCAAUUGGUCUCCCGACAAUGUUCUUCCCAGAAACCUCUGGUCCGGCUCAGUUCGUCAGCCCAAAUACCUUGGUGGCACCGGCCAAUACCCCUUCUACUCCUAUCAAGCGAAUCUACCCUGGCAUGCAUAGCCAGCAGGCUGCUCUUGCAAAGGCGCAACAGGCACAGAAGCAAGAACAGCUGGCCCGUCAACAGCAGCAACGUCCACAGGGACAAAAGCCUCUUCCCGGUUCAUCUCCUACAAAGACUCAACCAGCCAAGGAUCCCCUUGUCGAAGAGAGCAUCUCCAAGGUCCUGAAUCGCAUGAGACAGGCCAGCGCGGCUUCUGUGUCCGAAGACGACGAUGGUGCUUCCGGUGGAAUGUCCAACAUGCCGCGAAUCAAGAAGGAUGAGGAUGAAAUGGACGAGGACGAACGUCUUCUGGCAAGCGAAGAGGGCAAGAAGCUCUCCAGCAAGGAACGUCGACAGCUCAGAAACAAGGUUUCUGCUCGCGCUUUCCGUUCUCGAAGGAAGGAAUACAUUAGCCAACUCGAAGGAGAGGUCGCCACCAAAGUGCAAGAAGCGAACGACCUGCGUGUGCAAAACCAGCAACUUCGAGAGGAGAACAACCGUCUUACUGAUCUUACUCGCAUGCUGCUGUCUUCUCAAGCCUUCUCUGGAUUCUUGCAAGAGCUUAGCCAAUCUGGCUUGCCGCCACCAAACCUGCAAAAGAACAUCCAACAGCCGAAGCCUGUCCAGGCUCAGCCCCAAUCCCAAUCUCAGCCAAUGAAAAAGGAUGUUAGCUCCAGUGCGGCUUCUCAACAACUCCAGAACCAACCACCCCAGAUCGGAAUGGCACUGAUACCCGAGACUCCCGUCGACUUCUCUGUUCUCCAACCAUCAAAUGGAUGGAUGAACGCAGUCCCAACCAACGACUACCAUGUCUACGCUGUCACCGAGCUGCCUCCACCUCCUAUGCUCGAUUUAGAGCGCCUGUCAGGGAAGCCUCUUCCUAACAAGGCGGCCUCAAAAUCGUCGAAAGAAGUACCGCGACUUCCAGAGCUGUCUCCCUCCAUGAUGCCCGCCACUGCUGCAGAGGUCUCAGAGGUUGAUAACUCCAUAGCCCUCGACCAGGACGUCUUCGCGCUAUACUUUAACUCGCCUGCCUCUGAAUAUCCUUGCUCAUCGGAAGGGAAUGACUCCAAUCAUGCGGAAGAGCCCGCAGAUAUCUCAGAAGAGGAAAGCAUGACCAACCUAAAAAGAAUGUGCGACGAUCUGGAUGACAGCUGUGUGAAGCUCGCUGAGUUUACAUCACAUAUGGAAUGA